AUGAGGAUUCCUCAGUUUUGGCACAACCGUCGAAGGACUCUCGGGCUGGGUAGACCAAAAUCUCUCUCUUCCAUAGUUAUGUGUUUCGGUUGGCUCUUCGUAGCCAUCCAUCUCUCUUGUAGAGCGUUUUUCCGGCGAUCACAAUUGUGUUGUUGUCGGCGUUUCGUCUCCGAUCAUGUUUCAUCUCCUUCUUGCAGCCAAUUAGACAUCAUUGGCCUAAGUAUGAAGUGGCAUUUUUGGCAGUUGUCGUUUCCCUCCGCCAAAUGGUAUGGAGAUGUAAUUUGGAUAUUUGAUCCUGGUAUCAUUUGGACUUGGAUUGACAAUGAAAGCGAAUGGAAGAAAUUAUUAAUGCAGACAUUGGUUCAUAGCCCUGGUUUGAGACAUUGCUUAAGGAUAUGGUGGCGAGAGAUCAGGUUGUUUUUGCUUUUACGAAUAGACUUUGGCAAAUUUUUACCUUGGUUUUCAUUAUCAAUCAAGGAAUUUGGACAGCCGUUAGUUGUUAAUUUCAAUGGGUGCUCUUGGGGAUGUCAGCAUGGAACGAGAUUCAAAAGAUGGUGUUCAUCAUUUCAUUAUUUAUGGGCAUUAGCUAUAACAAAGAAAGAUGUUAUCUCCCGUUGUUGGAGAUGUGUUGUUGGGAAGCAAUGUAACAGAUGGAUCGUAAUCACUGAUUGUUUCAAAGUUUAUUGGAGUUUCGUCAAAAAAACGAUAGCCAAACAAGACGAUCAUGUAAGGAAGAAGACGAAUAAGGAAGAUAAUAGAUUUGAUAAUCUAUUAGCGUGUAAGGCUUACAAAGAAAAGGAGUGUUUAUUUCACUUGUUCGAUUGUGUUUCUUCUUCUUGA